AUGGCCCCAGCCGUCGUCCAUCCCGCGACGGUUACUUUCAUCGACGAACAACCCCACAGAGCGGUCAACGUCGAUGCUUCUGCGUAUUAUGGUGGAAGCGAGGCACAUACGCGUUCUCGAACUUACAGCCACUCCUACCUUCAUGGUUACAACCCCAAAAAAUUGCCGGCUUUCCAAGAAGACUGGCAUCUACGGCCACGUCGUAUGUCCCAUGAUGAGAAGAGUGUUACAGCCCCACGUCGCUUCCUCAUAGAUGUCGAGGAGACUAUCCGUGUGGUGCUCGAACAGGAAGACACAGAUGGUGACUUCCAGAUAAGCGUUACAGAUGCUGGGCCAAAGAUGAUGGCCCUUGGGACAGCAACUAGCAAUGGCUUCAAGACCUUCGAUAUUAGAGGUACUUAUAUGCUAUCAAACCUAUUGCAAGAGCUGGCCCUCGCCCGCGAUCAUAACAGGAAGCGCAUUGUCCUCGACGAGGCGCGUCUGACAGAAAAUCCUGUGGACCGUCUAUCUCGUAUGAUCAAGCAUUCGUUUUGGCACUCCUUGACUAGGCGCAUCGAUGGCGAAGGUCUCGAAAUUAUUACCGCCGAUCCCAAGAAUCGAACGGGACGCGUAAAUCCAAGAAUAUAUGUGCCACAUGGCGAGCCAGCUAUGGCUGAAUACUAUCGCCAAGUCGCAAAGGACAAGCCUCAUAUGAACCUCGACGUCCAGGUUCUGCCAGAGAAGCCCGACGAUCCCUUGUUCGUAAAAAGCCUGAACUCGAAGCCUGGAAUUCUGGCUUUGGCUAUGAAUGAAGUGGAUGACGGAAAAGGAGGGAAGACACUGAAGGGCAUCCCGUUCAUUGUUCCAGGUGCUCGUUUUAAUGAGCUCUACAACUGGGAUUCUUACUUCAUCGCUCUUGGACUUCUCGUCGACGGCCAAGUAAGCAUGGCCAAGGGCAUGGUGGAGCACUUCAUUUUCGAGAUCAAACACUAUGGCAAGAUCCUGAACGGAAGUCGUAGCUACUACCUCUGCAGGACCCAGCCUCCCUUCCUGACGGAUAUGGCACUUCAAAUUUACAACCAACUUGACCGUUCAGAUCUUUCCUCGAACCGCGAGUGGCUGAAGCGUGCUAUCCAAGCUGCCAUCAAAGAGUACCACACCAUCUGGGUAGCGGAACCUCGCAUGGACCCAAAGACUGGUUUGUCCCGCUACCGACCGGACGGUUUGGGCAUCCCUCCGGAAACCGAGGCUACUCAUUUCACGCACAUUCUUGAACCAUACGCCGCUAAACAUGGCCUCUCCGUUUUAGAAUUUAGCGAAAAGUACAACGAUGGCGUUUUAAAAGAGCCAGGCCUUGAUGAAUACUUUUUGCAUGACCGAUCAGUCCGGGAGUCUGGUCACGACACGACUUACAGGUUCGAAAAGCGCUGCGCUAACCUGGGAACCAUCGACCUCCAAUGCUUGCUCUACAAGUACGAGGUGGAUAUAGGCACUGCCAUUCGUGAGGUCUUUGACGAUGAACUGGAAUUGGAUGAAGACUUCCCACUGGCCCCGUUCCCGCCUUCGGUCAAGUCUUACGCGAAUCCUCAUCGAGAGCGGUCAAGGUCCAGGCCGCAAACAAGUGAUGAGUGGUUCGAGAGGGCAGAAUUUAGGAAGCAGAUAAUUGACAAGUAUCUAUGGAAUGAGAACAAGGGCCUCUACUUUGACUACGACACUGUCGCUGAGCAGCAGAUCUUGUACGAGAGUGUGACCGCGUUCUGGGCACUGUGGGCAGGAUGUGCGAGUGAAGAACAGUGCUGGAAACUUGUGACUCGAUCGUUAAAGAAGUUUGAAGUUUUAGGAGGGCUAGUGUCGGGGACGGAGGAAUCGCGCGGUAAGAUCUCCCUUGACCGUCCCAAUCGACAAUGGGAUUACCCAUAUGCCUGGCCUCCACAUCAGAUUAUGACCUGGGUAGGAUUAGAGCGUUAUGGUUACUUGGACGAGGCUCAGCGUUUGGCUUAUCGAUUCCUCUACAUGAUGACCACCGCAUUCGUUGACUUUAAUGGAGUUGUGCCAGAGAAGUUUGAUGCAGUCAAGCUCUCUCAUCUCGUGGACGCCGAGUACGGUAACCAAGGCAUCGACUUUAAGAUGGUGCCACGUGAGGGUUUCGGGUGGAUGAAUUCUGCCUAUCAAGUCGGUCUCUCGUUUUUGACUAGUCACAUGCGCCGAGCAGUGGCUGCUUGCACGAGUCCCGAGGUCUUCUUUGGUGCCGGCGUUAGUGGAAUCAGCGGAGAGACUGCUCAGUCCACGACAAAUCUGCCACCGACGGACCCUCUCUUCCUUGCAAUGGAGACUUUAAACCUUUCUUAA